UUUAGAGAACACUCCAACCCAUUUUUAGCUCUUCAAACCUAUUUCAAUAAUUCAGACACACCACCCUCCGAGGACUAGGUGUAUCAUCCCACCCUUUACUUCCUUUUAUUCUUCUCAGACAAAUCGAUCGAACUGAAGACGCUGCGAUCUUGUCCGAGAUUUGUCUGAGGGAGGGAACACUCACCGUAGUCCCAGGGAGGAAAGCCGAAGCCAGAAAACAAAAACAAAAAAAAAAAAAACAAAAAAAAUGGCAUUCACAGGGACUUUGGAUAAAUGUAAGGUGUGCGACAAGACCGUUCAUGUGGUCGACAUGCUGUCCCUUGAAGGCAUCCCGUAUCACAGGUCCUGCUUCAGGUGCAGCCACUGCAACGGCAUGCUCGUGAUGAGCAGCUACUCCUCCAUGGACGGUGUCCUGUACUGCAAGGCUCACUUCGAGCAGCUCUUCAAGGAGUCGGGCAAUUUCAGCAAGAACUUCACCAAGUCUUCUGACAAGCCACAUGAGCUGAACAGGACCCCAAGCAAGCUCUCUGCCUUGUUCAGUGGGACACUCGACAAGUGUGCUGCCUGUGAGAAAACAGUCUACCCCUUGGAGAAGGUGACUAUGGAGGGAGAGUGCUUCCACAAGACAUGCUUCAGGUGUGCUCACGGAGGUUGCCCUCUGACUCACUCGUCCUAUGCUGCACUCGAUGGGGUUCUGUACUGCAAGCAUCACUUCGCCCGCUUGUUCAUGGAGAAAGGGGACUACAAGCACGUCCUGAACUCAGCAACCCACAAGAGGAACAACUCCUCCUCCUCAAACACACCUCCCCCUGAACCUGCUGAGCCCAAAACCGAGUCUGAGGAACAGGCGCAGGAGUGACCCCCCGCACCGAUAGAGGAUUCAUAUUCAUUGCCCCGAGAGAAGAAUGCUUCACCUGAUUUUUUCCCCAUUUGUUUUUUAACUUUGUUCGGAUGCUCCCUGAUUCAUAGUUCUUGAACUUUUACUUCCUGAGGGAGAAAACAAUUCAUUGACUUGAGUGUCCCGCGUUCACUCUUUCUGUACUAUUUUGCUUGCCUGUACUAUAUUUUGCGUACACGAACUUAAUGGUCCCGACAAAACAGAAUUUUUCUCUCUUGGUGCC